UUUAAGCGAUUAUCACACAAAGAUUCCCGGCACCGCAAAUCUUUUAUUAAAUCGAUCGAAUCGUUAAAAAUAGCAAAUAUGGAAAGCACUAAAACAGAAACAAUGAAAACGAGGGACACUGUUUUAUACUCGGUUCGUACUUCGACAAGGAUACAAAUUAUAAUCGUAUCAAUUCGCGAUUUUUAUAUUAGCAACUCCAACCAUGGACUACAGUGGGUGUUCCACCGUGCAUGGAACAAAUAGCCGGGCCACCGAUCCCGGUACGAGUUGGGGAAUUCUAUAAAACUCCGAAACCACAUCCAUGGCGCCCUACUUUAGGAUACGAAAUCGUGGAGGCCUCUCCUUUACCAUCGCAGCCCGUGACGAACUUGCUCGCCGAUACCUGUUAUAUGCCGAAGGGGAUGGCUACGGAACCACUGCGAUUCCCAAAUUUAGUGACCGGUUUCGAAAGAAAUCCCGCACACGCUGCACGGGCUGCUCUUUUCACGAGAUAUGGUCCCUACGAAUGGGUGCAGAAUCAGUUGAGGCUUUACAACGAGUCCGAUACGAAUAGGAAUUUCUCGGAGAACUUGCGACAGGACACCGUUCGAAUAAUGCGAGAAGCUGACGAGAGAGUACAGAACGGUCAAACUGAGACUGGUCGCAAAUUAGGGGAGCGGAUCACGGAUACUACUUUCUGGAGAAAUGAAGUGACCGCGGAAUUAGAAAGAUUGAUUAUAGAGAAUGGGAAGAUGCAAGAGUGUCGACGGAACUUGGCGACGACGAUACAGAGUCUAGAGGGUCAGUUGCACAUAGCUCAGGAAUGCUUGUAUUAUCGUGAAGCGAGGACCGGUUCCGAUUUGGUUCACGAUCAAGCCGAGCACGCUCUUCUAAAGGAGGUGGAAGUUGUUAGGAAUUGUCAAAACAAAUUAGAACACUUUACGGACAAGUGUAUCGAUCAGCUUAAUAAUAGCAGAGCCGUGCAAAAUCAAUUGGAAAUCGAUGUGAAGAAUAAAGAAACAGCUCUUGGAAUUGACAUUACGUGUCAUCAGAUGAACAAUUUUAGCCGAGGAUUAAAAUACUACGGUGGUAUCGAGAAAUACGAUAACAGUGUUACGUCGGCUGAAACAUGGGCCGAGGCGUCAGAUAGCGUAGUUAAAAAAUCGCAGAAGGAACGAGCACGGUCUAAUCAAUUGCGAAGCGAUAUAGACAUUGCUAUAGAUGCAGUUGGGCACGAAAUGUGGGAAGCUUGGGGAAAUACGAACUACGCCCUGGCCAGAAGGGCCGCAGAGAUGCUCGAGGCCAAAGAAAAAUUACAGAUACAUCUGCACAAAAUGCAGCAAGAAAUAUUUGAGAUCGAGAAAAACUUGCAAUUGAUGCAAAAAGCUAUCGGUGAUAAAAGUUCUGCGCUGAAGGUUGCGCACACUCGUUUGGAGAGCAGGACGCAUCGGCCCGCUGCAGAGUUGUGCAAAGAUUACGCUCAGCUCAGAAUGAUCGAGGAAGUAGAAACGAUAAACGCGAUGAUACACGAUAUGAAUUUGAAAUUACAAAGAUUCGAGGCACAGCAUCAACAACUUUUACUCACCAGGUCUAACUUAGAAACCGACUUGAAAUCGAAGGUUGAUGCAUUAUUCAUUGACAGGGAAAAAUGCAUGGGUAUGCGAAGAAGUUAUCCCGUAGCAUCGGUUAUAAAGUUUUAGGUGGCUAUUACUUACUACUUUUGUAAAGAAGAAUUUGUUUUAUAUAAAACAAUUGU